AUGGCUCUGCCUGGGUCGCCGACUUUGACGAACCCGGAUAUGAUCCUUCCAUAUGGCGAAUACGAAUCGGCCCCUUCUCCUUCCUCCCAGCAUCCAUACCGACCUCCUUCGCCCGGCAACAACUGGAUCGACCCAGCAGACCUGCAAUUCUCCCUUGGGCCUCCGCGGAUGGGAUCGAUCACACCUACCACUCCGAUCAUAUACGGCAAUGGAACAAUGUUGUCAGAUAUUGGCGAAGUCACCGAGGCCGAGAGCACUCCAAAGCGAAGGUUGCCUGGGCCAGCAGAGCGGAGGAUGCUCAAACAGGCCCAGUCGUUCAAUCUGCCUAUAAAAUCAAGUCCGACGAUGGGCUAUCAGGUCGGGAUGAAACGGGCGAAGAGCGGGACACAUUUGAGGAAGUUCUCGAUGGAAUCAACAAGCACAGUCACAUCCGAGCCCCCCUCUGCGGAAAUAUUCAAAGAUUUCGAUGAUGGAAUUAGCGUGGACGAUAGCAAUUUCCAGGGAGACGAUGAGGAGAGCGUUGCGGAUUCCUAUAGCGAGGAGUUGGUCGCACAGGAGACGAGGCGAUUAUCAAGGAGGGAAAGCAUCAUAACCCUUGAUGAUGACCAGAACGGAAGUGCUGCUUUGAGCAGGAGAGCCGAAGAAAUCCUGUCGAAUGCAAAGAAGCGAUUGACCAACAUGGAGGGAAAUCUCACGCGGGCCCGAAGCUCACUGUUCAUCACACCGUCCAAGUCGAUAUCUUCCAUCCACAGCAGCAGUCCGUUGACGAGACCAACCCCUUCACCGCCACCGAAUGAACGACUAAUAGGCCCUCUUGGAACCGCUCCGUCAAGACACCGACAGCUUCAUACGGGUUCCGGUGCUACAAGUGCAAGUCCAGGACAUUCGAGGAUAUAUAGUGAGAACUCUAUAUCUUCGCCUCUGCGAGGAGAGCGCUUCCCGGUCCGUGCAGCAAGCGCAGCAGCUCGAUACGUCGGGAAGGGUGGAACAGAUGGAAACCAACGAACACAAUCAGCGUCCCCAAGUUCCGAGGAUACGCAUGAAGGGUCCACCACCCCUUCACGUCUUAGUUACUCUUCCCCGUCAACGAGAGCCUCGCCACCGCAUGCUGCCACACUUGAACCGCUGAAUGAGGAUCAAACAGCCCCGGAAUUUGACUUCGACAGAGCAAGCGUGAGAUCGAGCAUCAAUGGAAGUUUUGUAGGCCCAGACGGCGAACGGGUCUUAGCAAGAUCUACUUCUUCUAUGCAAAUGCGGGAUCUUCAAAGUCAAAUGCAUGGUCUUAAAGGUAGAUUAUCAGUACUACGAGAUCGUGCUCGAGAUGACACUAUGAAACGCCGAAGCUUGCAAAGUCUUAGAACACCGAGCCCAUUUACAGCCGCUGAAGAGUGGUACACUGCUGCCAAAGCAUAUGGGGAAGAACCUCUUAGUGCUGAUGCUGGCGUUGUCCAUCCUCCAUGGAACGAAGAAGAAGUCGACGGUGACAAAGAAGACAAGUCUUCUGCGAAACUUGAGACCGUAGAUCAAGAGGAUUUUCAAGAGGUGGUUGAGUAUGCAGACUCUGACGUCACGAGCGUUUACGAAGAUGUUGCUGAGGACCAUCCUGUAACGAGCAUCUUACCACCGGCCGAUGAACCAGGAACUCCAGUUGUUGACAGCACUCAGUCUCUCGAAAAUGAUGCAAGCCAUAUUAUAGAUAACGACGAUGACCGCACGCAGUCUCUUGAAAACGAUGGACAUCAUGUUAUAGACAAUGAGGAUGACUAUGAUGACGAGCUCAUUAACCAUGACGAGAUUGACGACUGUGAGAGUGAUGCAUCACUUUAUCACGAUUCGUACGAUACAAUGAUAUCACAUGAGGAUCGUGAGGAUGCAUUCGACUAUGAGCACUUCUUCCUUCACAGUGCAAUGGGGACAAUCAGCCAGCAAGUGCACAACCGGCGGGAUAGUGUUAGUACUGUUGGCUCGGAAGACUCGGUGGAGACCACCCGCGCGCCCAUAGCUCAGAGCACGGAUAAUACCAAGAGUCAUAGCAGGCAGUCUUGGGGCCAUGAGAGAUCGGGGAGUUCAAUCUCUACUUCCACGAUGCAAACCUUUGCAACAGCAGCAGAAGAACAAGACGACGAGGACACAUUUGGCAACGAUGAAUUUGCUGUCCAACAAGUUGACGCACCUACACGCCGUGGAAGCACACCACUUACUACAAAGCGUGAAACUUUUGGUGGUACGCCCUUUGACUUGGUCCUUCCGGACUCGGAUGAGUUUUCUUCAGAGGACAAGUCCCGACCUUCCUCUGUAUUCUACGAAGCUCAGCAGCAAAAUGGAACCUCCGACCACCGCCUUUCAGUCUCAUCAGUAGGCUCAACCCGCAGUUUCCCCUUGGUAAACAAGCCCAAAUCUUCAUCGUCAGGCCCGGCCUCCGUCCGAGAAUCAGGAGGCUCCAAUCUCAGUAGCGAUACUCCAACCUUGGUCGACAGACAAAGUACCAUCAGCGAUGAAAGACUCCGGACAUCACCCGUGCACAUGCUUGCCAAAGAAGACCAGAUCCUAGUCGAAAGACUAGUUGCCAGUCUCGGGAAAUGUGUGCUAGGGCUACAGGAAGCGGGAAGAGGCAACCAUGACGGUCGUAUGUGGAGACGAAGACUAGACGCCGCGAGGCGGGUGCUUGAAGGGCAACAGGAUGCCAUAUAA